AUGCAGUUCAAGACGCCCGUCGCCGCCGCCCAGCUCCAACCCGCAGUAGCCAGACUGCAAUAUCAGCUGGACGCGAUGACCUCCGAGCUACGCGAGGUCAUCGUCCUCUUCUACCACCCAGUCACCGCGGACAUCAUCCUGUCCGACAUGGACCACGCGACAGAGCACAUCAUCGGCGAGUUCCAGCGCGCCGACGCCGCCCAACGCCUCUCCCGCGAGGAGACCGUAAAUGCGACUUUCGCCGUCCGCGAAGCCAUCUACCAGUUUACCCGUGUGCUCGAGUGGGAGCUUGGAAACAUCGACCAAGACGGCAGCAUCGACAAGCGGGGAAAGAAGGCGAACCGCGCCAUCGUCCACCUGCGCAUCAUGAGCGGCUUCGACACGCGCAUCAACGCGCUCGAGGCCCGAUACCCCCACCUCAUCCUCCACCACCGCGUCCUGCUGAACGCGCUGGUGAUGCUCUGGAAUAUUUCAGCCGAGUGCCUCGCGAGUGACGAGGCGGAGAUCUAA